UUCAGCAAGAUCUCAAAAGCAAUGAUGGCGACCAUAUUGAAAGUUAAUUGACGAUCGAGAAGCUUUGAAUAGUACAUCAUGAUCGUCAAUGGCUAAGACUAUCCAAGAUGAAUACAGCAGCAUACAUUCCGGUCGGGACGCCGGGCCCUUCGAUGAUGCAAGUGCCACCUUCUCCUUCCGUUGGACCUUCGAUCGCAGCUGAGCAUCAAAAUCCUCGUUUGAUACCAAUUCAUGUUCGAUUGGUGCCAAAGGAUAUGUGGAUUCGGAUGCAUGUAGACACACGAUCAACAAUUGGCUCGGUAAAGGAUGCUUUACUGGAAAAAUUACAAAUUCCUUCUUAUGAUCCAAGUUUAAAUCAUUUCUUUUAUGAAGAUGCAAGAGCGGCUAUGUCAAGACAAAACGCAACGCAAGCAGAUGUUAAAUCGUUCCCAAAAGCAUUUGUUGCACGAAUGCCAAAAAGGAACGCAAAAGAGAUUAGACGUGCAGAAAGGGAAGCUGAAGCGGCAGCUUCUUCUAAUCCAAGUUCAAUCCACACUCCCUCUUCGAAGCUUUCGAAAUCUCUCAACAUUCGAAAGAUUCCCACAAUCAAGCAAGUUUCCACCUCAGCGCAAGCUCGUGCUAUUUUGGGAGGAGAUGCAGGGGUUGGAGGAAGAGGAAGUAUGGGAUUCAUUGGGAAUAAUGUAGAAGCAAAAGACGGGAAAGAAUCAAAAAGGGGGACAAAGAACAAGCUGUAUCAUACACAAAGACCAAAGGUGAUUGGACCUACGACUAGGGCUCGUGUCAUCUCUACCCAAACCGCAUUCAGUUCGUCUUCUGAUCUCGCUCACCCACUGAGCAAUUCCAUCAAUGCUUCAAGCAGCACACCAAUCAAAACAACGGUUCGAAUUCGGACUGAACAACAAAAUGGCGCGGAUGAUACUGCUUUUGAUCUAACUCGUGCAGCAGGUUUGGACGCAUAUGCCGAUUAUUAUGGCUUUGGACUAAGUGGCAAUGAAGAGGCGAAGAGGCUAGAAGAAGCAGCAAUGAUAAAGUUGAGAGCGAUGGAUACAACUUUGGCAGAAGGCAGCUUAGGUGAUUCACAUGCCUUUUCUUCUAGUCCUGCCAAAUCAUCGCCGUCGUAUGCCGACCGAACUCGGUACGAUGAUGAUGACGAUAAUGAUGAACCUCUUGAUGGUCAACAAGCAUUUGAUGAAUUGGUGCAGUAUUCUGGAUCGGCUACGCACUCAACUUCAACUCCAAUCACAGAGGAAAGCACAUCGCAGCUUGAGCAAAACACCAAUUCUCUCGUGCGCAGAUUGGCGGGCAUCAAUACAGAUGAAAUCUCAUCAUGGAAGGACGCAAGACAUCCUCAAGCAAAAUAUUACGCUGUGCAUUCCUACUCCAACGGGUACAUAAUGGAGGAUUGGCGAACUCUUGCUGCUUUGCGUAUUCGUCCUUUCGAAUUGUUAGAGAUUCAAUAUUCUGAUCCACAUGAAAAGGUUCACCUACCACGUCUCGGGGAAGCGAAUGACGCAAGUUCAGGUAAACUUGAUAAUCGCUCACAAGCUAAAGAGAGAGAAGAGAACAAUACUCCCACGCAAUCACCCAUGAUUGGUGAGUAUGACCGACAAUCAAAUGUACCAUAUCCGGCAUUGGACAAUCGUUAUUUGGAGCCUUUUGCAGAGGCGUGGUGUUAUAUAUUCAAACGAGGCGGUGGAACAUCAAAAGCACAAAAAGCUGGUCUUGGCUUAUGGAAAUUACGCUGGAUAAGCCUGCGUGGAAGAAAUCUAACAGUUUAUAGGACCAAAUACCUUCGUCAAGGAUACGAUGAGGCGAUGAAUAUUUGGAAUUUGAAUUCUGUCGAAAGUGUGAUCAGUGAACGAGCUGAUGGAGCAACACGACCUGUUCUUAUGCCAAUCAACGGUCAAUGUCAAGAUAUCUUGACUUUAACAUUUGCUAGAGCAACUGUUAUUCCUAAUUCGAUCCACGAUGAAUCUUCCGAUUUCCAACAAGCCACACUUUCGAUGCGCUUCAUCACGCAACAUCAAGACCCUUUUCGAGCGGCAAUGGUGUUUGAAUGGCGUAGAAAAGCCAUGGCACGUUCUGUGAUUGCAGGUUUGGGAGGAACAGUUGUACCGGGUAAAGCAGGUCGAAGGGGAGGCCGCAAUGCUUUAUCGAGAAAGCGAUUGAGACCAUCAGGAAUGAGUCGAGAUUUUGAUGAUGCCGACAGAUGGAGUAGCGAUAGCGAUGGGGAGGAUAUUCCCGCUACGCAAACAGCUUCUCAACAGAAUAUCGUUGGCGGUGUGAAGCUUGAUGCUGAUAUAACAAGUGAAACGUUUGGUUCUCGUGGAUCACCUGCGUCUACUGAACAUAAUGCACAAUUUGUGCCAGAAGGUGAAGAACAGAGUCCAGCAGCACAAGCCAUUCAUUCGUUCUUGGCACAACGGAAAUCGUUUUUCCGUGUUCAUAUGUUCUUAUAA